CUUAUUGGCACGAGAAAUUGAAAAUCAAGUCAAAGUGGAGCCUUCCAUUACAGUGGCAGCCUUAAUAGAGGUUUCGAAAGAUAAGUUCUCUUACGAUGUGUCAUAUAAGAAGAUGUGGCAUGCGAAGCAAAAGGCAAUACAUACUGUCUUUGGUGACUGGGAGAAAUCCUAUAAAAUGUUACCUAAAUUUAUUGCCGCGCUUGAAAAGUGUAAUAACAUGAUUGUUGUAUGGCAGUUUGAAAAGUUGCAAGAUCAAAAUAUGGGGACUUUUCAGCGCAUGUUUUGAGCUUUUCCACAAUCUGUUGAGGGAUUUAAAUAUUGUAGGCCCGUAAUUAGUAUUGAUGGAACUCAUUUGUAUGGGAGGUACAAAUCAAGGGGGGUGCAGCUUCAAUUUGAUGUUCUCCACAUCGUGUGAGCUACGGUGGUCCUAGAAGGGCAGGGCCGUAUAUUGGGAAUAUCAGCUCCUCCUUUGAUGUUAAUGGCAUGAUCACACUCCCUAUUUGGUGGUAACCCCGGUGUCGUUUGAAAAUCUUGAGGAAACUCAGCCAGAAGUUUAUGCUAUUCCUUCCCAGGUUUUCUGGGGGAAUAUUUCUUCUGAUGAUGGAUCCCAGAUUUGCAGGAGAAACUCUAAAACAUUUUGAAGUAGACUCCAAUCUCCUUAUGGAUGCACAUCGUUCGAUGUCAAAUGAAAUGCACAUACUUAAGAAAGCAGCCAGUAAUGCUGAUGAGCUGGAUGACAAACAGGAGUGCUCAAAGAACUUUAGUCUGUGUGACCAAGUGACCAAGAAUGAGCAGAAAUAUUGUGGCCCUGUGAUGGUGGGCUUGGUGCAUUUGUGUUGUUUUGGAUCUCUACAUUUUGUGUUCGGUGAUUGUUUGAAGAGUCGACAUUAUAAAUAGUAUGUAUAUAUUGGCAUCGGUCUAUUUUUCUUGAUGGUCGUUCUUUAAGUAAUGGAGGAGCUGAAUAUCCUUCAGGAUCAAUGACAUGUAUCCUGCUAUUCUUGUUGUUCCAUAAGCAUUUGAUAAUAUGAGGUGACUAUGGGACAACUCUUGUUUGAACUCAUACAUUUUUCCGUAACUUGUAUUUCACAAAAGUUAGUUGUAGGUAA